UUAUUUGAAUGGUAUCAUCUAUACAGAAGGAUGGCGUCGGUUUCGCGUAUCUUGUUUUUCCUGGUGCUGGUCGGAGUAUUUAUCUACGGAAUUAACUUCUGGCUGAACAACAAGACCUACACUUUCGAUGCUGACUCAGUAGCGGAGAUCUCCAGAAAACAUGUCGGUAAGUUUUACAUCACAGCAAAGACGGCGGGACAUGAGGCGGCGUACAGGAAGGUUCUUGACGAGCUUCGCCGCCGCUAUCCCGGACACAUCCUGCCCGACAACGACCUUCAGUGGGUGUUUGUGAACGCGGGAGGGUGGAUGGGGUCCAUGUGCCUCCUCCAUGCCUCCUUCACAGAGUACGUGCUGUUCUUUGGGACAGCUGUGGACACUGUCGGACACUCAGGUCGCUAUUGGGCAAAUAUCUCGGACACAAUACUGACUGGCAGCUUCAGACAGUGGAAGGAGGGCACAACAAAGAGUCAGAUGUUCCAGUCAGGCGACACCAUACACCACCUCGCUGGCGACGCCACCUCCGUCCAAUGGACCGCUGGGACCUGGAUGGUGGAGUACGGGCGCGGUUUCAUCCCGUCUACGCUCGGAUUCGCUCUCUCCGACACCGUUUUCGGAACCAACGACUUCAUCACCCUCUUCUACACCGUCAAGGUGUACUUCAAGGCUCUCCUGCUCGAGGCAUCGCACUACAUGGUUUACCUGGACGACAUGGGCGGUCAGCUGAAGGACUUCUUCCAGGUGGCAUUCACCUUCACGUCCAAACAAGCGGCCGUGGUGGCUGACUGGAUGGUCAAGAAAGCCAGCUGGCUGGCCACGGUCUCUGCCCAAAAGGUAAACAUCGCUGCCGACCUGACAGUCAAACACACUGGUCAGGCGGUGGACUUUACCGUGAGAAAGGUGCAGCAGGCGUCCUCAUACAUGAGAAAAGUGUACACAGACUACACAUCAUAGAAUCACCCUGUGGUGUAGUUUUGAUAUGCUGCCACAUAAUGUAGUGCUAUCUAGGCCACACUGACUUAAUUUUAUAGAUUGAUUGAAUGAAUGAAUGAAUUUAUUGCUCAACAAUCGCACAGGGUACAAUGUAUGGCAACCAAUAACAACUAAUAGCUAUACAGACAAUAGUACUAAGAGGCUACAUACAAAACAAAAACAAAACAUUAUCAAUAACAGUACAGCUAUGUAUGAGUAAUCUGGUCUCGCAUUUGGAAUACGUUAUGAAGAAACUGUCACCUCUGGACACCCCAAAAUGGGCGAUAAAAAGAGAAAAAUCCAGCAAAAACUGUGAACAUAAAACCACCGCGAACAUUUCUGUAUUUACAGUAUUGGGUGGCGAGUUAUUAUUUUGGAAAACAGGCAAAAAUCAAUUAAUGCACAGAUGCAAUCCUUAAGAUUUAGUCAGUGUGGCCUUAUGGCUAGAUUUGCAAGAUUUACAAGCUGACCACAAAGCAGUAGUGCUGAAUGUUGAUUUUGGACUUUCCUGAUUCGUGGUGACAUGUGCAGAAGGAAACACACUGCAUUUUGCUUGUAUUUGCAGACAUUAAUUGCAUCAGUUUAUUUGCAUAAUAUAGAAGCUAAUUCUCUAAAAACUUAUGAUUGCGAUGAUUGUGAAAAUGAUUGUGAAAUUAGAUGGUCAAUAACAUCAGAAGGGUGUGUUUUAUGCAGGUACUGUUGAUUUGUUGACAUGGGCACUUUAACUUAAGUUAUAUUUAGUUAUAAAGAUCAUGAUUCCCUGAUAUGACCACUUAUUCUUUAUAAUUGUGCUAUCUCAACAGACCCUAAAAAAAACCAGACAUAUCAAAUUACUACACAUCUGUUUUCCGUGUAUCAAAAUUGUAUCAAAAUGCAUGUAAAGAUUGUCAGUCUUUUCAAUUGGUUGCACUACCCCAAGAAGAUAUGAAUAUUGUCACCUUUUGAGAGUUUAGAGGUUUUAAGAAAAGAUUUUGUCCUGAAAAUAUUCUUGCCUUUUGUUCUUGACAGGAGAGGAGCAGUCAUAAAUUGUUUGAUGUAACUGUUACAGUAAAUUUAGAAAAAAGAGAAGUUAUUUUGAUCAAUUACUAGGAAUAUUAAUACGAUAUCUAAUUUAUUAAAGAGUGGUCUAUGAUAUUGAAGUAAACUGCACAAUCAUGU